GAGUCAGUUGUGCGCACGCGCAGUUCAGCCGGUGGUUCGACCUCUGCUUUCGAAGUCCCGGGCCGCUCACAAACUCACUCAUAUUUCAAGAUGUUCACCUGCGCAAAGUUCGUCUCCACACCUGCCCUGGUGCGUGCAGGCUCCAGGUCCGUGUACAGGCCAGUUUCUGCUGCUGUGCUUUCCAGACCAGAGGCCAAACCUGAGGUCAGUACCGCUGCUAUCCUGCAGUCUCCGGUCGCUCAGAUGGCUCUCCGAAGCUUUCAGACCAGCGCUGUGAGCCGCGACAUCGACACUGCUGCUAAGUUCAUCGGAGCUGGAGCUGCUACUGUGGGAGUUGCGGGAUCCGGUGCUGGAAUCGGUACCGUGUUCGGCAGCCUCAUCAUUGGAUACGCCAGGAACCCGUCUCUGAAGCAGCAGCUCUUCUCUUACGCCAUCCUGGGUUUUGCUCUGUCUGAAGCUAUGGGGCUCUUCUGCUUGAUGGUGGCUUUCUUGAUCCUGUUCGCCAUGUAAAAAGCCCUCAUAGAAAUGUAAACGCGUUUAGUACAGUUGUGACAACUUUAUUUUUUUUUCGCCGUUGCUACCAAAACGUCUGCUAUUGGUCUCUGUGGGAGAAGAUGUGUGAAUGCGAAGUCCGCUCUGUUCGAAGAAAUCAUGUAACAAUUAUACAUUGUUCAACUAAUUAAACCCCAAAUCCUGUUCAUGCCCGUUGAAUGAGCAAAGCAGCAGCUCCAUCUGCGCCGCCGGAGGAUUCGACGAGGGAAUAAACAGCCUCAUAGCACUUUCUGGACAUCAGAAGAGGGAAGCAUUGUGUGUGUGUGUGUGUGUAGACUGAGGGUCCACUCAGAGGUUUUCAGGGUUUGAACUGCUGGUCAAUAGUAUUACUGUACAGUAAUAACAAUUGGUUGAAAGCCAAUUUAAAACCUCACAUGCUUUUGUAAAUUGCGUUAAAUAAAUUUAGAUCACAGUUUACUGUAAAA